UAAAGUUCCGAGUUUUGUGUCAGAAGCACUGCAACACAGUGCAAUCCGUUACUGUACGUGCGACAUAUCAUUUCCACUACAAGUACGGGAUUUUUGUCGACGUCUGUUCGGUAGUAUAUUAAGGUAGGUGGCAACGCUUUUGGGACGUCGUGGAAACUGGGUUGCCCUGCUUUUUUCUGCAUAGGGUCUUCACUCCUCAGAGUAUCUGCGGCGAUUAUUCUUUCUUAUUCCCUCGUGCGGUUAGCUCUUACCCUUUUAUCUUUUUCAACGGGGAUUUCCCUCCCUCUUACUCUGAUUGCCCUUCGUUCCAACAAAUUAUCUCUUGCUCGGAGUCCAGCAGAUAAGCUUGUUCAAUAGUGAUCCCUACUGUACUCAGAAUUUCGCUGCCACCAUCAAGCAGGUCUCCAGCCGUGGAGUAGGUAUCGACUUCGGUGAGUGAAAUCAACGCUACAUCGAUGAUGAUUGUUCGUGAAGCGCAACAACGCAGGCAGUUUCCCCUGAUCGUUCGUAUGUACAGAACAGUACUUGUUUGAUCCCAAUUCCCAUCGACUGUUACCGAUAAAUUCGACAUGAUGAAUGUUAUCUAUCACGAAGACGUGGUAUUUUGAAACAUUCUUUCCUUAUGCCUCGCUUUCCGCGAAGUCCAGUAUCCGAAAGAUCGAAGCUAAUCUGUAAUUAUGUUUCAGAGAAAGUAGGGUAUUUCUUCCUGUCCGUUCGUUCGUGGAACUGCUUUCAUUUGAAUCACGACGUCGUGGAGAAAACGAAUUGGAAAAUGGCGUAUGCUGCUCGAAUAUGCCUGAGUGACAAUGGAUCAGCGCAACAGGCGGGCAGGGCUUACGUUUAGUUGGGCGAUUUCUGAGUAAUCCGCCAUUUUGCGUCGGGAUGUUGCUCAGAAUUGGAAAAUGGCGUAUGCUGCUCGAAUAUGCCUGAGUUACAAUGGAUCAACGCAACAGGCAGGCAGGGCUUGAGUUUAGUUGGGCGAAUUGACCAGCGCAACUUCGGAUGGGUGAAGUGACCGGCGCAAGUUCGGAUAGGCGAAGUUACCUGCUCAAGCUUAGGUGGGCGAAGUGACGGGCUCAGGUGUAGGUGACCCCUCCACGUUCGGUGACGUACAUCUUAAUCGCUCACUGUACUUACUUUUGUUACGCCGAUGACAGUAGUCACAUUCUCAGUAAUCAACUCAGUAAUCAAUCAAUGAAUCUGUUGUGCUGAACCGGGGACGUCAUGAAGCGUUGCUCUCUUUUCAACUACUGUAUAAUGUGCAUUGUGAAUGUCAUCUCUCAGAACACUGAACUUCGCAUGCUCGCAGCAACUCAUCGUUUCAGUUGACGUGGAGUGUUGAAUAUCGUGAAUCAGUAUACGCCUCGAGAUUCAAGGCUAUCUUAGCGUGAUUCCGUGUAUGUUCAUAUGACUUAGUUACCGAUACGAGUGCAGAUUGCUUCAGUGUUCAAUGAGAAAUUAAUGAUUUUCCUCUUCAGUUUUGGUUCAAUCUCAAACAUCUGUCCGUGUCUUCAUGAUGUUGUUUGAGGCCUACUGUCGAAAUGUGGUCCUUUUCAUUGCUGCAUGUUUCUUUCCGUGUACGUUCGCGGCCGAUUCCCCAUUUUUCAAUCUUUCUCUGAUGAAUAUUAAGAUUGUUAACGAUUCGAUCUCAACCGAGCCAUUUGCCACGGACGUGACCAGCGAAUGGGAAGACGUAUUGGUGGGAAAAAUUUGGGAGGACGAUCAUGUUGAUACAGUCGUAUUACCUCAAGUUCUCGGCAUAAGCGAUAGAAGAACUCCAUUUCGUUACGAAGAGGAUUCGCAGGAAAGAAUGUAUGACCAGAUCCUCACGGCCAAUCGCCGAAUUCUGUCGUCCUAUGGCGGAAAGCUCGGCUGUUUGCAUGGUCUUCGGAAAGCAUCUGCUACGAACAUGAUGGUUAAGGCAUCUGCACCGGAAAUGUUCAGAUUUCUUGCUUCGAAGAUCGAAAAUCACUGCCAUCUAUGUGCUGGUGUUUGCAAUACCAGGAAGCUGUGUCUGGCUGACAUCGAGAGGUGCACCGCAUCUAGCGUCACCUGUCCAAAAGGAGUGAACACAGGAAGGGAAUACUUCUGCCACUCCACCCAGGGAUGCCUGUGCAAGUAUGUUCUGGUUCGAAGCCGAGCAGGCAAGGCUCGUCAAGAAGUUUCGCACAAUGAUUUAGCAACACGCGGCCAACAUAACAGUACGGGAUCGGAUUCCGAGGACUAUACGGAGUGGGUUGAGAAGAAACAUGGGGAACAGUGGGUCUACGAGAAUCGCGUCACGAUAGCGCUGCUGAGCGUCUGGUUCUUCUGCGCGGCGGUUUAUAUCGCUUACAACUAUCGCUGCGUCAUCGAAGCUUGUUGCGGUUGGCUGCCAUGUUGCCAGCGAUUCCUGGAGCGAGAUGCUGCGCGGCGUCGUCAGCGACACCUACAGAACAAUGCCCACGAUCAAGGAGACGAUGAUGACUCGUCGGCGUCAAUGACGCCGCCUCGUGCGCAUCGGGCUCGGCAGUUGAACAUCGAAUCCCGUCUGACCACGUCAUCAUUACCGAAGUAUGAAGACGUAGUAAUGGGAGACGUUUCUGCUGAUCCGGCAGGUGUCAGUCCACCGUCAUACGAACAGGCGAUUCAAUCCGAGAUUCAUGCGUUUCACGGUUUACCUGAGGAGCCCGUGGUUUCAGACUCGACAGCCCCCUCGCGGGUGGAAAAUUGACGAUUCACGCAUUUUUAGCAUGUAAAGUGAAAGAAUCUCGAAUUUCGAAGCUAGGAUUUUCUGUUCUAUUCGUACCUGGUCGUGAAGAACCACGCUUUUGAUUUCUUGGAAAAAUAAUUACUGCAGACGGAACUGGCAAUAUCGCGCACUACGUCCGAAUGAAUUUUCUUAUCGUGUCGAAGAUUCCUGAUCGGAAUCUGCCGCUUGACAUUCCAUGCAACGGUCUUACGAGGAGAUUCUUGGGAAUUGAGAAACUUCCACUCGUCUGUCGUCGAGAGAUUUCGUUGUACUCUCAGGUCUCAGCGGUUUUGACCGUCAGAUUUUCAUUUUUCGCAUCUUCAGGGUUCUCAGCUCAAAAGUUGUUCCAAUUUCAUGAAGCACGUUAUGUUUUCUAAGGCUGUGUGAAGGGACAAUCGUAGAUUGAUCGCAUGUUCCUUUUCAAACGAUUGCGUCGAAAGGAAGGUUGAACUUGGGCACAGAAGCGUCACAUUGCUUUACUACUUCUGUCCACUAAUGACGUCGUUGCCUUAGGUUCCGAUUAGGACCCCAAUAUUUAAUAAACAUCUGUGGACAUGGGUGCUCUGUAUAUGCGGUGUGAUAUGCCCUGUGUCUUGCAAAAUUUUCUCUUGCGAGCAUUUGUAAAAGCGUACUUUUCGCAUUUUUUAGCUCUUGAUAUAAACAGUGACAUGGCGUCAAGGCCAAGAUAUUCCAAAAUUUCGAAUAUUGUUACGAGAUCGAAGAGUGGUAUUGAGCCUGCCACUUCUCAUGCUGGCUCUUCCACGUUCAAACAAAAUGCUUCUACUGCCACCUCCCGUUCUAUUGCAGCUGGCGAGACCAAACCUAGACGUACAUCAUUUUUCAUCGAGCCCAAGCUGCACAGCGAAGUUAAGGAAGGUUCCGAGCGACACGCUUCUGUCAUAACCCGACCAGCACGAAAACUUUCACAAGGUCCUCCUCCGAGGAAGCAAGCCGCGGUGCGUCGGUCUCAGUCAGCAGAACCAGCUUUGUCCAAAGAGCCAGGGAAGAAGUCCGCAACUAUGCGAAGUAAUUCACCUUCGGUUGUAGCCCUCAACAAGGUGACGUUUGCUUCUGGGAGCAAAGUGUUACCGGCUUCUCAUGUAAACAAGGCGACGGAAGGCGCUAUUUGUACUGCUGGGAAUGGAAUCGCUCCUGCCGUUUCAAAGCCGUCUGAGAAAACUCGCUCGACUGUCAAAACCGGGGCACUUCGAAAGUCCAUGAUCCCUGUUAGAACAAAUAACUUCAUUCCAGAGCACAUACACGCUUAA